GUUUGGUGUUAUGGACCUGCAGGACCUCUGCAAACCGCACGCGGCAAACAUCAGCUCAUGAGGCAAGCAAUAUGGCACCUAACAUACAACUACAUGUCAGUGGGUCAGUACCUGGAGCAUCGAAGACUCCUCGCCGAGCUAUUAAAAAAAUUUGAGCGUGAAUGGAAGGCCAUACUCGAAGCACCGCCACUAACAUUUGGCACCGGCAACAGCAUUAGCCUGACACACCGCCAGUAACUACAUCGGAUCGUCAACAACGACUGGUUUUCGUGGUCCCCGCCUCAAAGCAGGGUACGAUAAGGCAGCAAUGUGCUACCACAGAUACACUCACUACCCGGGAUGCAACAAGCACACGCCAAUGCAUGUGCACAUGUGCGGCAAGAACGUCAACGAAGAUCUCACACGCGUGCUGUACUGCGAAGACUACUGUACCGUGCAGCUGGAGGUGGAGACAGCAUGUCCGCAUUGCGGGCCCAAAGCGACCAUGCCCGAUAUCGUGAUGGGCAGUUCGGCGCAACGCACUGUCGUGCACUCGAGUUAUCCUACUCCGCCAUCGGACGCUGGGAAAUGUGCAAGAUCUCCUGCGAUCGAGUUUCGUUGCAUUGGUAGAGAUAAAUGGAAGCCGAGGUAGAGUACCACCGAGGCAGUGGGUUGGUCGUUGUUCACUAUCUGGUGUUACUUUUUAUGACGAUCGACAAUCUUCGUCAAGUCGCAGAACCAGUCACAGCUUGUGAGAUUUAGGAGCCGUGACGAGACGUGUCGGUGAGGCUG